AUGGCUACUACCGAAUCAAUCGGCGCCGUCUCGUCCGACGGUCUGCGCAACCGUCUCAACCCAACGGUGCGCCUGGACGAUUCGCCACGCUCCGACUCGACCGUGCUCGCCGGUGCCACCUCCGAUCAAGACCCUCAUGACUCUAAGGACAACCUUUCUUCGCACCAACAUACAAAGGUGCUCGGCAGGACUCCCGAUGGUACAGUCUUCACCGUCCCGCACACGCCGGACAUGCUGUCGUCCAUCUUUGAUCCACGACAGCCAAAAACCCCGCUCGACAUCGUCACCGUAGUCUCCCUUUCCCUUCAGAUCCUCCUCUACUUUGCUCUCUCCCGUCGAGCUGCCCAGAUCUUCUUCUUGCUUUACUUUUCCUUCUGGCGUGCAUCCUACAACGCCGGCCUCGGCUGGAUUCUCAAGCAGCAGAGCGAAAAGGGUUGGAUCAUCCGUCACGUCAAGCAGCACGGUUGGAUGGAUGCCAACCGUCGUCCGCGUGUUCACAACUGGAUUAAGCAGCAGCUUGUCACCAAGAUGGACGUCGAUUAUGUGUUUGAUGCCAUGCCGUUGGACUACAACGUCUGGCUCAUGUUUCGAAGCAUCGUCGACGUCAUUUUGCUCAACGAUUUUUUCGCCUAUUCGCUCUUUGCCUUUUCUUGCACUAGGCUGCCAGAGGGUCACUCGGUGGUGAUGCAUAUCCUGCGAUGGAUGGCUGGUUGGACCUUUGAUCUUUUCACCUCUGGGUCAGAUCGACGCUCACGUGUCGUCAAGACUACGCUGGGUAUGGGUGACUGCUUCUUCCUCUGCAUGUACUCGAUCGGAUAUGCGGGCUACUACGGACUUUCUCUGGUCAGCGGUAGCUAUGCCGUGCUAUUCGUCUCUCUGGCCGCGCACUUUUCACAAUUUCUGUUUAUGACCUUCUUCGAAGGUCCGCAUAUCGAACGAACCUACGGUGAACGGAAGCCCAUCGCAGCUCGUGUGCCUCUGCGUCAAGCCCCCUUCAACGCUGCCUCGCGCAAAGCGGCUCACGCCCGCCAAGAUGCCGAUACAGCGCCACAGACGUACAGCGACGACAGCGUCAAGAUUGAGGAGCGCACGAGCGCAAAACGUACCCAGCAACCUCACUCCACUCAGAUCACGCACGACAUGGAGCUCGAAACCCCCACUCCCAGCCAGACGCAAGGUUCGACAGCCAUGACCACCGAGGAUGAAGCCUCGGACGAGGGUCACAGUCGAGCGUUCAAACGCGACGCCCUGCGCGCUUCUUCGUCAUCCAAUGAUGCAAUCAAGCAGCAUCUUUUGGACAAACAGCAGCGUCCGGUCACCACGCUCCACGACCUUCAUCAUCGCAUCUUCCGCAAAGACACAGUCGUAUUCCGCAACCUCGAUUUGAUGCGCGCCAACGACUUCCUGCUAGUCAUUAGCUCCAUUUACGCACUCUUUCCGCUUCUCCUUCCUGCGCUUAGCCAAACUCCUCGAAUCACGUUGCUGUUCAUCAACGCGCUCGCGUGGCGGACCUUCCAUUCGUUUGGACUCGGAUUCGCGCUCUCACGCCAAAGCGAGUCGAAAUGGAUCGUACGUCACUUUCUCAAGCACUACCACUACGCUCAGCCCCAGGAUGCCGUGUUUGAAGCCUUCACCCAUUGGAAGGUGGUCUACAACACGUCGCUCGUCAUGACAUACAUCUCGUUCGGCGCGCUUGCUUGGAAUUGCUAUGCACCCAUCGGUCAUUCCGAUUGGACUGUGGGACCGGAACUGUUGCGUCACACUUUGGGUCUGCUGCUCGUAGCGCUCCACGUGUGGACGGCGAAUUCAUCGUACGAAGUGCUUGGACCUUUUGGUUGGCUGUACGGCGAUUUCUUCGUAGACGAGUACCCGCAUCAGCUCUACUAUACCGGAAUCUACCGCUUCCUCAACAAUCCCGAGCGGAGCAUGGGCGGCGCAGCAUUCUUUGGUCUCGCUUUGGUGUCAGGAUCCAAGUUGACGCUGUUGAUGGCCAUCGUAUCGUACAUUGCUCAUUGGGGAUUUUUGAGCUACGUCGAGGGUCCACACAUGCGCAAGUUGUACGGAGAGGCAGCGCUACGAAAAGACUCGGGACUCACCAAACAGCUCAAAUCGCAAUGGGUGGCUGCUAAGGAUUCUGACCUCUUCCGAUUGGCGCAGGAACAUCCUACCAUAAGAAACUUCCAGGGUACGAUUGAAAAAGUGCAACGAGAUGCAUCGGAAGCAUUCGAGGAAUUCUUCCGUCAAUCGCGACCUAGGUUCGAAGGCAUGUUGGAGGAGACCAAGGUGUUGUUGCAGCAGAGUAAAGAUCGUUUGUUGAUCGUUCGCGUACAGGAUGAUCAGAAACUUCGAUCCGAAGGUAUCGACAAGUCCAAGUACAGUCUCAAGGUGAUUCGAGCACAGUCGACGGAUGAUUCGACCACGCCACGAUUUCAUCUGGGCGAGCCGAUUGCAGUCGAGUGGAAAGCAGCACCCAACCACUCGCGUCGCGAUUGGAUCGGGCUGUACUUGCUUUCGAGGUUCGGUGGCAAGCAAGGUGCGGACGAAGCUGGGCUCGUGACCAAGAUUUCUAGUCAGGGCAAAUGGUUGGGCGUUGCUGAGGAGGAGUGGGUGGGAGACGUGCAUCAAGGUUCUGCGCAUGUUUCCGGUGAUGUGACGGCCGAGGGUGUAUCUGUCUUCCGCGAUUCCAAGCUGCCCUGGGUCCCUGGACUGUACGAGUUUAGAUAUCAUCAUGAUGCUAAGCACAACGUGUUCGCUAGGUCCGAUCCAAUCGAGAUCUAUGUUGGAAGCUUACCCGCCGACGCAUCCACCGCCAAGAGCGCCGAUGUGAUCGACAAGACAGCUGAUAUCAUUCGUACUAUUGUGCGAUACUCGGCUGCCACCACCCGACCACUGCGCCUGUCGAUCUCACAACCAGCAACGCAACGCGUGCUCUCAUCCGUCUCUUCGUCGUCGAUCCCAGAAGACGCACUGGACGACUCGUCAAUGGAAGCAUCGGCGCCACUCGUCAACCCGCUCAACUCGAUCGAUGCCGCGGAUCAGGACGACUUUGCCAUCUGGGACAGAGAACAGGCAACGCGUAUCUCGACUGCCAUCAAGUGCGCCUUCAACAUCGAGUUGAGUCCCGAGGUCAUCAUUGCUGAAGCUAACGUGAAAAGGUUGGCCAGAGAUGUGGUUGAAGGCACCAGGGUGCUUCAGCCUGCAUUUGCGCCGCUGAUGGGGUAG